AUGGAUGUGGAUUUGUUAAGGCCUGGCACUGUGCCUAUAUCACCGGAAACAAUAUUGUGGUUUGAAUUCCUUCUAGACCCAAAUCUUCUUAAAAAACACCUGAGCAAACCGCAUCCAGAGCCCACUGCUUGUGAACUUAUAACAGAAUUUGUCUCAGUUGCUACAAAGAAUGUAAAUUUAAAGGCUGCUAGUGAGCGUGUGGUGGAUUUGGAUGCUCCACCCACACCACCAUCUGUGACCACAUUGGCACCAGCUCAUUUCACACGGAAGCAACUAGCACUGAAAAUACUUGCUCUGAAAGUUGCAGCUACUUUGCACUGGAACUUGGAUAUAUUUGAAAGCAAGCUUUCACCACACAUCCAACAACAACUAAUGCAGGAUCUUGUGUAUAUGGCCACUGAUGCUGCCUUUUCUGUACCCCCACAGGAAGUUCCUGUAGAGUUAUUGCAGCAGCCACAAAUCCAAUUCGCACUAAUUUUAUAUCAUAGAUGGAUUGUCCGAUUUCCUGUCAAAGCUGCACUCUAUGCUAAGUUCAAUAAAAUGUCAUACAGCCAUAUACCUGGCAUGCAAGUUGAUAACGUCUACAAUCCCAUGAACCAAAACUUUGAGAAAAUAUUACGUAUGUGUGAUGCGUCACGUGUUCAGAGCCUUAUGUUCUUGGAUGAGAUUUUAUCUUAUUAUGAGCCCGCGUUAGGCGCUGGUCGCAGAGAGUCUAAAAAAUUAAAAGUACCUGCUAUGGAAGCAUUCGUGCAUUUGACCGAGGACUCGUGUAAUAUGAAACACAAUUGGAAUGCUGGUGACAUUCUAAUUAGCCAACAUGAAAUGGCAAUGCAAAUUCAUUUUGAUCUGUGUUAUAAUUACUUUUUCUAUUGCCAACAUAAUUUAGCCAAGCAACACAUAUUGGGCUGCAGAGAAAACUCUAAUUUACUUGAAAAUGAAGUACUGAAAUAUGGUUAUGGACCUCACAAGAAAAUGCCGUGGGGAGAAUUAAACUAUGCCAGCAUGACGAAGGAUGAGAUUUUGGGCUAUAUAAGAGCAUUAAAUUUGGGUUAUGAAGUAUUAAAUGAAGAACCAACAUUAUUACAAAGACUUCAAGAAUGUGUGGCAAAUCAUUACAGUGGGAUUACAGGAGUUUUACAAGCUGACAACCUAGCUAGAGAAAUCAACAUGACUCAUAGACAAGUUGUUGAACUUGAUAUGCAAGGAGCAGCAUCAAGUGGAGCCCUUACUGUUUCUCCUGAUCUUCUAAAUGAAGUAUCGGCUCUUAACGCUGUGAGAUAUGCAUUAGAAGGUGGUCUACCGUCCACUCAACCUGAAUUCCUUAACAAGUUUAAAACCGUCGGUAUAAAAUUCUUCGAUUAUCUGUUUAAAGCGCUAGCUCCCGUUUUAAAGUCGGACUUGACGGACACUGACUGGUUUCAUUUAAGAACAUUCAUCCUUCAUACACUUCUGGCCACGUCUCAAUGGAGAUUUCCAAUAGCCAGAAUACUAAAGUACUUAAAAGAUCGCAUCGGCGAUAGAAACAUUUUAAUAUCUGAUGAACAUUUGAACACAAUACUUACUGAUCCUGUCAACAUAGAUGACAAAACGAUGCAAAUUCCUAGGGAGUUACUAACAGACAGUUGGGAAAUUCCAGAGUUUGAAAACGAACAUAUUGCUGUUCCCGAUUUAAGAAUAGGUUAUUUUAGGAAGCGGCUUAUUGAGGCCUCGACGUCUGAUGAUAUUCGGAAAUGUUUAGUUGAGGUCGCAAGGGAAUCGCCUCAAUCGCCGUUGUGGAAGUUGAGUCCAUCGUGGAAACCGGCGGGAGAACUAUGUAAUGCUUUAAUGUCUUUACCGAGAGGAUUUUUACAAGACUUCGGCUAUAUAGUGUCGGGCGUAGCGCGUGCGAGAGUAGAGGCGGGCUGUACACGAUCAGCACUAACAUUUAUAUCUCAGCUAAAAGAUGAAGUGCGCAGUCAAUUAGGUGGUGGUACUGAUCCGAACUUAUAUCGUCUAUGUCGUCAUCUAUCAUGGGAGGAGCUACUAUUACAAAUUAUUGUGAUCCUAAACGAAUGGCUACACCACGGCUUAGAUUUACCAACUAUAGUUAACAAAUGUAAAGCUUGUAUUGGCGAAGUCAACACGGGUGACGGUAUCAUGCCUCGGCCACAGGUGAUCGAAGCAUGUUGGAUUUAUUUAGUCAAUGCCUGUGAUGGUAAAGGAGUUGGUAUGUCGUCUGGCCCUGGUGAAAUGGUAAUAGCUCACGCCCUUGAGUGGAAGGGAGCAGGAGUACUAACUAGCCCUGGUGAAAUAGCCGCCGCUCUGUAUGCAGCCUGUUUUGAAUUACAAGAGAAACAGACCCGAAAGUUUCCAAGACCACUAUGGGAUUAUGCUUUAUCCGUAUACACUCACAAUACGUCCGGACCGGUAAAAAGAUCAGCAGGAGGUAUACCAACGCAUUCGCGUGAUAGUGAAAGAGCGUCAAGUGAAGCCCGAAACGCAUUCAACAGUUUCCUGUCAACGCUACGUGCACCACUUGCAAUCACCGUGAUGCUCUCGCUCCUCGCUCGUAUCCACAACUACCUGCUGGACGAUAGCUCUCUAGAACUGGUGGUGGAACAUACCAACCUCUGGCCCUCAAAUAUAUCGAAUAUGAACAAUUAUAACCGAACAUAUGUACUCGAAUCUCUCACUGAUUUAUUGGAAAGGAGCUUGAAACUGCAUCCCUACAAUACUUCAUGGCUCCGACUGUACGGCGACGUGGAGAUGGUGAACGGUCGGUGGGGCGCCGCGCUCCGGCGCUACCUGUGCGGGCUGGCGGUGGGCUCGGGGCUGUUCCAGAGCCGCUCGCCCGACGAGCCCAGCGUGGUGCGGCGCGCGGCGCGCUGCUGCCAAGCGCUCGGCGCCUUCACGCAGGCCGCCGCGCUCUGCCAGCUGCCUGACGAACCUGAUUAUGCUACGGCUUUCAAGUGUCUCGCUGAGAAGCCGGGCAACGCCACAGACGCGAUGGACGCUUACUAUGGGUGCAUCUUCGACGGCACGCUGCUAGAGGUGGGCGUGGCGCUACACGCGCGGCGCGGGGAGGGGGGGCGGCGCGCCCGGGCCGUGCGCGCGGCCGGCGCUCUCGAGCUCAACGCCAACAACAGCGAAGACAUACAGCGCGAGGCCGCCGCCGUCAGGCGCGCGCGGCUGCUGCGAGCUCUCACCAAGCAGUACGUCGCCUGA